GUGCAUGCGCUUGGAACGCUCGGAGGCUACGCUCCAUUUUUAAUUCGCUUCACCAGGAAUCCACAGACCGCCGACGCUGGUGACUGUCAGUAGGCCGGCGUCAUGUUUGCUAUUAUUCGACGAGCCACGGGAGAACCGGGCUCAGUCGCGUGAUAAACGUGGAGCACCCAGGUAGGUGGGCGCCUGUACAAUUAUCAAGCUCGAUGGAUCCUUGUGCGCGCGGAAGAAAUCAGCUUUCUUCCUCGAGUCUGUCUAAAGUGUCACGUGAUCGAAGGGACAUAUAUCUUCUCAAUCGAAUUCGUCCAAGCUCAAUUGUUUUUCUUCAACGAACAUCUUAAUUUUUCCUCCUUCUUCUUUAAUUUUCGCAAGAAAUUUGACACGAUGUAUAUAUUCACGUUGUUCGUGUGUGGAAAAAGUGUAAUCUCUGUAAUCAGCGGAGAAACUGGGAAAAUGAGUUUGCGCUGGAUUCACGAGAAUCUAGAAGCACCAACGUGCGACGAGGAGUGCAGCGAUAUCGAUGACAGUUGCAGCGACGACAGCUAUGACACGGAAUUGUCCCUUCAAGAGGAUUACGAUGUAACGGAGAAUGGAAAAGAGAUGGUUCGCGACGGCCGAAAGAAGAGGGAAACUAGAAGAGCUCCAACCUCGACCGUCACCUUUGACGGAAACGGAACACCACGCAACAUUGAACGAAACUCCAAAUCACGCAAGUACUCGCCUUACAUAAUAUGGGAUCCUCGACAACCAGCAAAAAAUCCUAUCUAUAAUUGUCGAAUAAUAAAACUAUACUGCCGCACUGGUUAUCAUUUGGCAAUUACACCAUCAGGACGAGUUCGAGGAUUAUCUGGAAAUAAGGAAUCGCAUGCUCUACUUCAUGUAACACCAGUCUCUUUUGGUGUUAUCCGAAUACAAAGCGUUGAAACGAGACUCUAUUUGGCAUUCAACAAGAAAGGCCGAUUAUAUGGAGAGGUAAAUAUGAUUAAUGACAAUACCGAAUGGGAACAAUGGAGCAUUGGUUCCUACGAUGCAUUCCGAUCGCGUAAAUAUGUGCAUUAUGGAUGGUGGAUAGGAAUAAAGAAAAAUGGACGAGCAAAACCAGGACCGAAAACGUCCUGGGGACAAAAAGCGAUACAAUUUUCGGCCAUUCAAGAGGAUUAAUCAAAAAUUUUCAAGACAUGUUUUAUGAGGCAUGCUUCUUACUUCCAGCAUUCUAUUCGUUGCGUACAAGAACAUUGAAACUGAAAAGAAAUCCAGGAUAAUGAUAAAUGAACGCUUUAUGAAUAGAAACAAUAAAUAGAAAUAAUUGUUUGAUAAGGAAUAAGGAAAAUUAUCGGAAGAAUUGAUAAUCAUCGAACACAGUAACGUUCCAAUAGAAUAUAAUAUUUAUUAUAACGCUGUGUCACUCAACAAUGGAAUAAUUGAGAUUGUGCAUUCUGCUUGUGCCCUUAAACUGAAACUCGCAGGUUGCAGUUUUUCUCAUUUGCAAUAAAUACAUAUCUAUUAUUAUCGUCGUUUACAAGCAAGAUGAUUGCAUACAUAAUUAAAUUGUUUCAUGGUAAACAAAUUUAUAUGGCCAUCUUGCUCACAUGUGUACGAACAUUAGCUUUUUGUGUAAUAUGUUAUUCAUUACAACGUAUUGCAAUUGUAUAUAAUCUUAUCCUUUUUGUACAUCUACAUACAAUGCGUUUAUAUAUCAAGAUUUUACAAACAAGAAUUUUUAUUAAAAAAAAGCAAAUA